GUAACAUCACACCCGACCCGCACCCCUCUUCACGCCAAGCAACCAUAACAACAUGCUAUCCUCCUUCAUUCCCGUCCCUGCCGACUCGGACUUUUCCCUGUACAACAUCCCAUUCGGCGUCUUCUCCCCAUCCUCUUCAACCGAGUCUGAUAAAGAUACCGCGAGGCAUUGUGGGACGAUCAUCGGAAACAAGGUGAUCAGCCUCACCGAGCUGGGAAGGGCCGGCAAAUUCGAUCAGGUCGAGGGGUACGAGAAGGGAUGGUUUGAGGCGUCCACCCUGAACCUCUUCGCCAGUCAACCACUCUCUUCCCGCCGCGCCGUCCGGCACCACAUCCAGCACCUCUUCACCUCGAAAUCUCAUUCCGAGGUUUCACUCGAGGGCGAUGAGGAGGUAUUGAAGACAGUGUUGUUCGAACAAGGGGAGGUCGUCAUGCACAUGUCUGUGAAGGUUGGGGAUUAUACCGAUUUCUGUGCAAGUAUCUACCACACCACCAACGCGGGUCGACUGAUGGCUGUCAAAGGCCCUCCAGUCCCCCCCGCCUGGACACACCUCCCAGUUGGGUACCACGGCCGAGCCUCCUCCAUCGUCGUGUCCGGUACCCCUAUCACCCGGCCCAAAGGUCUUCGAGGUCCUGCUCCCGGAUCGGAGAGUACCGCACCGAGCUUUGGACCGACACGGGCGUUGGACAUGGAGUUCGAGAUGGCUGCUAUCGUCGGGGGAAAAGGUAAUGAGAUGGGGAGUAGUCUGGGGACGGGGGAUGUGACGGAGAACAUCUUUGGGUUGGUCAUCAUGAACGAUUGGAGCGCUAGGGAUCAUCAAGGCUACGAGAUGUUCCCUCUUGGUCCGUUCAACGGGAAGAAUUUCGCUACUUCAGUCUCCCCUUGGGUGGUGACUCUGGACGCGCUGGAACCUUUCAAGACCGCCAUGCCGGCGAGAGAAGAACCCAUCCCGCUUGCCGAUUAUCUGGUAGAGAAGGACUCGACGCCGACUUUCGAUUUGCCGCUGUUGAUGAAGAUCAAACCCGCAAAUGAGGACGACUCGACCACGAUCAUGCGUUCCAACCUCAAACAUCUCUCGUAUUCCUUUGGCCAACUUCUCGCCCACCACACCGUCUCGGGCUGUCCCAUGAACGCUGGAGACAUGCUCGGAUCAGGGACCAUAUCCGGGCCUGACCCCGAGAGCUUAGCGUGUAUGUUGGAAAUCACUGAACGGGGAAGCAAACCUUUGAGCACCGGUGGUGGCAAUACGAGGGUAUGGAUCGAGGAUGGGGACGUGGUGGACAUGUACGCUCGAGUUAAGCGCACGGGCGAUGAUGGCGAGGUGGCCAACGUAGGCUUUGGAAUGUGUUCUGGUGCCAUUAAGCCAGCGACUUUGUAGGUUUCAGCCCCGUGUACCUGUACAAUGGAUCGCAAAGCGUCAUCGCAGAAUUCUCUUGGGAUCAUUGUGAACCAAUCGACGCUCAUCGCCUGCGGCUUCCAGUAUUAAUCUACUUGGCUUGCCCGACCGAGUCACAUGGUUUUCCACAGGCAGGAGCUCCAAUUGCUCGCAGCAGUAUUUAUGUGAUGUCGCGGUCAAAGAUCCAUCAUAGUAGCUUUCGAAGUAAAGCUUUUCAUGAAGAAAGGAUCACCCCAGGUAUCUCAAGGCAGUCCG